AGCAAGAGACACGUGAUUUGACUCGACCAUUUAUCGUUCUGAGUGUAUCUUACCAGGAACUUUACAGAUUGAACAACAUGCAGUCAAAGUUUGUUUCCGACCACCAGGUUGACCUGUUGGUGCCACGCGUACCUACAUCCUAUCAUGACCGAACAGAACAUCUGUCACUUGUGGGAAUUAUCCGUGUUUUAUCCGAUUAUUAUGUUGAGUCAGAAUCGAAGGGAUUUUUCACUGGGAGAUUCAGACAGGAAAAUAUGAGAGGAUUUACUGUUCAAGAGAAUAUCGUUUGUUCUCCAAGACUCCACCGAAAGGCUUCAGAGCGAGACGGCGUUCUGCUGCAUCGCAUCUCGUUUGCGUCGAUAGGGGAAACAUCGUACACUAUUGCUCAAGACCUGUUAGAUCCGUCUUCAAUGGAACAACUUUUGCAUCUCGAAGCGAAAAUUGUAAAUGUAAAUCCGGAAACCCGGCGUCCCUCGAAACUGCCCGUAUGGGUUACAGAACGGUUUUUGAAUUUUUGUAAACGUGACAGUUCUUCAAUGUUAACAAAACAAGAGGACAUCGUCCCACCAAGCAAUGCCUUCAAAACAUUGAUCCGCACUCGACCUAGUGACAUGGAUAGCAACUUUCAUGUUCACUUUGCAGAAUUUUACCGAUUCUGUACCGACUGCGCCUCAGAAGCGUCCUUAAACGGACACUAUCGUUACUAUGAAGACGACAUGUGCUGGUUUCCGGUUCUGGAGACCGAAGUCACGUUUCUUGGUGAAUCACCGGCCAAUGUAAAUCUUGACGUGUACAGUUGGCAAGACACUGUUCAUGUGCAAAGAAUCUAUUUUGCAAUUUACCUGAAAAACAACAGAAUCUUUCAAGCUUCUUUUCUUUACAGUAAGGAGAAAUCGCCCAUAGAGAGUGUUUCAAAACUUUGAUGCACGCCUGGAUUAUCUGCAUUCCGCCACAUUGUGAUAUAAUGUUGGAACUAAAUACAAACAUCAACCUUGGACACACCUUGCUGUGAAUAGUUUUGUUUAAAAACAAUCACAAAUAUCUCAAGAGCGUAAUUUAUGCACCCAAAAUUGUGUGUGUAUCAGGUAACAUGAUGGAAAAAAUAGGGCAGAUGGUGGGGUAUAAUUUGAAUUCAUUUUGAAUUUUUACGAGGGUCUAAUGUAAGAAAUUACAAAAACAUUAAACAUAUGGAUCUUUUAAUAACGGAUUUAUAUUUUGUUUGGAUACCUGCCUAUGAGAUAAAGAGGGUUUAUAUAUAUACAUAUAGUUGCCUUUUUUAUUCGUUCAUAAAUUUGUUUGCAUCCGAUGGACAUGUUUUUCUCAACACUGGACGAAGAGCAUAUCAGUGAGAUAAAAUGGAAAGGGUCGAAGACAAAAACUAGGGUAAGUCGGGGUUCCUGAAACAUACAUAUUUGUUUGGCCUUAGCCGGAUUUGUUAAAGUGUUGUUCAUUUUCAAUGGAAGAUGAUUAAUACAUUAAUAAAAUAAACAACUGCUAGUGCUAUGUCCAAACAGCAAAUUUCAAACCAAAUUUAUGAA